AGCGCUUGUGGAAUUAGACACUUAAGACAUCAUCCGUACAGGUUCGUCUGCCUCCGCAGACACGACAGAUAUUAGUUUUGACAAGGAAAAGUGACGCAUUUGGGUCUUUUCCUUUUUUUUCCUAAGGCGAAGCUUUUUUGUUUGCUUGUUUUGGUGCGUGUCGUUUUAUUGCUGAGCCGUGGACGAGUUUUAGUGCGUCUGAGCUUGAACUUGUCAACAAAUUAAAAAAAAAAAAAUACGACAAAUAAAAGGACCAUGGCAGAGACAUCGGCAUCUCCGGCGAAAGCCAAGAAAACGCCUAAGCCCAAGAAGCCCGCUUCUCAUCCCAAAUACUCGGACAUGAUCCAAGCGGCAAUCGUGCACGACGACAGUCGAAACGGAGCGUCCCGUCAGUCCAUCCAGAAGUUCGUGCGCAAGAACUACAAGGUGGGCGACAAUGCCGACGUCCAGAUCAAGAUGGCCCUCAAGCGGCUGGUGAACUCCGGGAUGCUGCGCCACACCAAAGGCAUCGGCGCGUCCGGAUCCUUCCGACUCACCAAGCCGGACGACGCCAAAAAGUCCAUCAAGAAACCGGUCGCGGCCAAGAGCAAGAAGGCCACCAAAGCACCACCUAAGCCUGCCAAGAAGGUGUCCAAGCCCAAGAAGGUGAGCAAGGCACCGGAGAAGCCCAAGAAAGCGGUCGCCAAGAAGAUAAAACCGGCCGCGGUCAAGAGGGGCAAGCUGAGAAAAGUGAAGAAAGCGGCGACGCCGAAGAAGACCCUGGCGGCUAAGGUGAGCAAGCCCAAGCCCAAACCCAAAGUGGUCAAGAGGGCAGUCAAGCCCAAAGCCAAGCCCGCAAAGAAGGCCGCUAAAGGGGGCAAAAGGAAGUGAAGGGACACUAUGCCACCGGACUGUGUAAAUAUUCCUGAAAGGACACCUUUUGGUAUACUAUGUAUUAUUUUUGUAAGAUUCCAUGCAAACUUCUGCUAACUCUCACCUGCACCAGCAUCAACUCGACAAACACAUUGCAAGCAUUGCGACAAGUGUAAUAAAUGAUCACAGCCUUUACUUUACUGACUCCAUCUUGUGCGAUAGUGACAUUUGUGGUCCCUAUGUAGUGACGUCGUGGAGGUCUUAGUGCUUAACUGUAGCGGAUCCGUGCAUUCCAUCCAUCUCAUUGAGCGAAACCCGUAGCCUUUAAUUAACAUUGCUUUAUAACGACAUUCAAUAAAACAGAAGAAAAUGUG